AUGGAUGCUCAGGCCGGAGCCCCUGUAAAGGGAGAUACCAAGACCCUCGAGCCCAUCGUUAGCCAUGAGCACGGCACUGCGGACUCGAUCCGCAAUUUGCCCCUUGCUGUGGACACAAACUUGAGGCUUGUUGAUGAAGCAAUCGAGGCCAUUGGGUUUGGCAGAUUCCAGAUCCAGCUGACAUUCACGUCUGGCUUUGGCUUCCUAGUUGACCAGAUGAUCUUGGUUGCUAUCAGCCUUCUCACUCCGCAAUCGGCGAUGGAAUUCGGACCCCAAUACCCAACUUUGCUAUCCGCCUCGAAUUAUGCCGGCCUCUUCGUCGGUGCGAUCGUACUAGGAGGAUUUGCAGAUAAUAUAGGAAGAAGACUGAUCUGGCAACUCUCGAUCUUCGCUGUCUCAGUUGCCGCCCUUCUUGUUGCUGCCAUGCCGAAUUGGGCCGGAUUGAAUGUCAUGCUUGCUAUCUUGGGGUUCUUUGGUGGCGGAAAUCUCGCUAUUGAUCUGACUCUUCUCGCUGAGAGUAUUCCUAGGAAAUGGGGGUUUGUGCUAUCCGGACUGGCUGCAAUUUGGGGCCUAGGCAAUACCCUUACGGGACUGAUCGCUUGGCCUUUACUGGUCACAUUCGGCUGUGAAAGCGGCUCGACCCCCGCAACUUGCCACAAGCAAGACAACAUGGGUUGGAGAUACUUAUACAUCACCGUUGGUGGCCUGUGUCUUAUCAUGGCAGCUAUCCGAGCCUUUGUCUUGAGCACGCUCGAGUCUCCCAGAUGGCUUAUCUCCUGUGGGCGCGUUCCUGAAGCGGUUGAUAUUCUGAAUAAGAUUGCAGCCAUCAACAAGGCAGAUUACGCAGCGUCUGCCGAUGACUUUAUUCGUAUGGAGGUCAGUGUGAAGCAAACCAAGAGUCUAUCAGAGAACCUUCAACGGGCCAAGCGACUCGUCACUGGGGGUAAACAAAUCUGGUUGAUGGCUUGCUUGGCUUUGAUGUGGAUGCUCAUUGGCAUUGCCUAUCCGUUGUACACUGUCUUUCUUCCUUACUACCUGGCAUCACAUGGAGCAAGUUUCGGCGAGUCCUCAAAUUACACCACCUACCGCGACUGGACUGUUUCGUCCGUCGUCGGCAUCUUCGGUCCAUUCCUCAGCAUGUGGAUGGUCUCUAACAAAUGGCUCCGAUCCAAGAAGUCUCUGUUCAUUACAGCCGCGAUUUCUGCCAUUUUCUCAGGCGCUUUCACCACCGUUCGGAAUGACGCACAGAAUCUGGCUUUUUCGUGCAUGAUAAACUUUUGGCUGAACGCUCUAUAUGCCAUCGUUUACUCAUAUACUCCACAGUCACUCAGUGUCGAAAACCGUGGUCUCGGAAAUGGCCUCGCGAUGGCUCUUGGCAGAAUGUCAUCUCUGAGCGCACCUUUCAUCGCCACAUUCGGCGAUGUUACAUCCCCCGUUCCAAUCUUUGUCGCUUGUGGCUGCUUUGUGCUCAUUGGACUGAUUGGCCUUGCCGUGCCUGUGGACACAGAGCCUUUCUCAUAUUAA